AUCAGAAGCGCCCAUUUGAAGGGUCUUUCUCCAUGGCUGUCCUUUGUGGAAACUCUUCCCUUGGAGAUUCGCCAAAAGCAGAGCCUUAGCUCCUUUCACAAGCAUUAAGGACUUCUAUUCUGUUGAACCGCAUCAUGGCUGCUGUGGGCUUUGAAGAAUUCUCCGUGCCUCCUGGCUCGGAGCUGGCCCUGCCCCCGCUCUUUGGUGGCAAUAUCCUUGAGAGUGAAUUGGAGACAGAGGUGGAGUUUGCCGACAGUGGGAUACCGGAGGAGGAGGAAGAGGAGGGUGCGUUGCGGCAGCAGGAGAUGACCCGGCGCAAGUGCCAGGCGCUGGCCUGGCGCUGCAAGGAGUUAGAACAGGUAAAUGAGAGGAUGCUGAACCGGCUGCAUCAGGUCCAGAGGAUAACACUGCGGCUCAAGCAGGAGCGAAGGUUUCUCAUGAGGGUGCUGGAUUCCUAUGGUGACGAUUACAGACAGGGACAUCUCGAUAUAGUCCUGGAGGAGGAAGGGAGCCACUGCACCGACGCUCCGACCCCCGGCAACACGGAGAACGAGCCCCCCGAGAAAGAAGCCUCCCGGUGCCUCCCGGGCCCCUUGCCUGCCCAAGAGCCCGAGGGUCUCUCACCGACCGAGGGCCCCACCAGCAAGAAGCGACGGCGCCAGCUGCGAGAGGAAAAGGAAGCCAGGGUGCGCCGGGCGGCCCAGAUUUUGCUUCCUAUGGAAGAGUUUCCUGUACAGAUAAAAUCUGAAGAGGAUUUCCAGUGUGAGCAAGAGGAUGUCCUCACACCUGCUUGGCAGCAGUCCAGUCCGCGAGACAAGCUACUCCAUUACCCGAAGUUUUCAAGCCCUGGGGCCUGUUCUGAUUUUGAUUGAGUCUGGCCUCUCUCCUAACUCUCGAAGGCGAUUGUAUAUAUCUGUAUGUCGUUUGCCUCCCUCCUGGGUUAAUGAAGUCACUGUGCUGUCUGAGGAUGCCUCGUUCUACACAAAGGAUCACUGGCUCAGUCUCAGGGGACAGCAGGAUAGGGACGAUAGAACUGUCACCCUAUUCCCGGAGGGCCUGAUCCGAACCAGCACCGAGCUGCUGAGGGGAAGUGCUGGAGGACCAAACGAACAGCACUGGACUUCGAUCGAGUAACAAAAACGUGGCAGUCGGUGUGUAAUUGUAUUCAAGCGCCCUCCCGAUGGGUUGGGGAUGCUGGGUGUUGCAGUCCAACCCAUUGAGAGGGCGCCAGCUUUGGGGAAAGCAUGAUUGGAGAGAUGAAUGGAUUUCUGUUCACGCAUUCAACAGCUUAAUAUUGGAUCUGGGUUAAGAAACAGAUACGUAACUGUUAGUGCUUGUACGUUUUAAGUGUUGUGUGUUUGUGGGGGGGGAGGGGUUAUGAGUAGGUUAUAGGAGAGGAGGGACAGAAUUCAGCCGCUGCUCCGUUGCCCUUCCAGGAGCAGGACUUGUACAUUUCCGAGAGAGAUAAAUUAUGUGCGCUGUUCCAAGACAGUGAAUGAAAACCGAAGGAGCGGCUGUUUUGGCUGCUGCUGUUCUUCUGAAGAGACUAAAAGACUUCCUCUUAAACCAAGUUCCAACAUCCAGGUCACAACCUUUAGGAACGGUGUGAUGGACGGGCUAGUUGUGGUUUGCACUAAAACAAAAUUCAGUUCUGUACCAAGAAAAAGCAGUUGUACAACCUGUAUAAAUUAUGUGAGUUCA